ACUUUGUCGAUUAAACAUUCCACACUUUUGAGAUGGCUUUAAAUUUGGUUGAUUUAGGUGUUUCGAAUGUCAAAUCGGAAAUGUCGAAAGCGUGUUUGCUUAGAAGCGAAUGGUCAUUGUGGUACUUUGAAAAGGAAUGUGAUAAGUCAUGGGAACAGUGCUUUCACGAAGUGGCUGCUUGUAAAUCGAUUGAAGAAUUUUGGAUCCUAUUUAAUUCGAUCAAAUUGCCAACGGAAAUUAGUGAGGGCUGUAAUUAUGCACUGUUUCGAAGCACAAUACGUCCAAUGUGGGAAGAUGAACAUAAUCAAAAUGGUGGAAGGUGGGUCAUCACACUCGAAAAACGCGUUGAAAGCGACGAAGUCAGCCGACUAUGGUUCGAUACAUUGUUACUACUAAUUGAAGAAAAACUCUCAUGCACAUCAUCAAUAUGUGGCGUCAUUUUUCAUAAUCGCUGGAAAUUCACCAAAAUUGCCAUUUGGGUGUCAACGUCUGUUGCACAUGAAUUUGUUCGCCGAGAAAUCCGAUCUAAGCUUCGAUUAGCCGACUCUGUACCAUGCAUUUUUGAGAAACAUGGAUGUCAGCCGAAUGCAAACUAA